AUGUCGGCUGCAAUCAAUGGUAUGACCGGUUCUUACAAUUCAAAUUCACGUUUACAAAUGCGUACAGUUGAAUCUUCAUUACCAUUCAUUCAACAAGCUAUUGAUGUUCUUGAUCUUUUUUGUCUUUCAUCGAUGCAAUCACUCAUUAUUGCUGAUUUUGGUUCAUCACAUGGUUUAAAUUCUAUGUAUGCUGUGAAAGCUAUUAUUACAUAUAUAAAAACAUCUAGAAAUGAACAAAGAUCAUUUCUCAUAAUUCAUAAUGAUUUACCAACAAAUAACUGGACAAUACUUUUUGAUCUAGUCAAUAAUGAUGGCAGUUAUUUUGGUUUAGCCAAUGGUCGAUCAUUCUAUGAACAAUGUUUACCAUCAAAUUCUCUAUCCAUCGGUUAUUCCCUCGACUGUAGGGAGGGUCAUAUGAAAAAAAAUAGUUUGU